UGCGGAAUAUGCUUCCGUUAUUAAGAUGUCUUUUUUGGAUAAAUUUUGAUGGUGUUUUCUUCUUUAAAGUGUUGAUUUCGUUGGUUUCUACCUUUGGCUAUAGUCAGAAAAAAAAUUCUUCUAAAUCGGGAGGAUUCAUUUUGCCCCCUGGGUGUAAAAAAGGCCAAAAAGAUAGUUUUUUUGUGAUACAUUAACCUACCUUUUCCCUUUGUUUGUUUUCUUAUAGCUUUCGUUUUCAAAUCGCGUCAAAACUAAUUGGAAAUUAUUUUGAGAUUGCAUGUUUUAUAUCGAGAUGCAAAGGUCUGAAUUUGCUCGGCCCGGCUUGGAAUCUACUGUCGAUCGGAUCUGGAUUCUGUUCAUGAUGAUGAUAAAAGUUCUACAGUUUCAUCUUUCUCUUGGAUUUGAAUAUAACGGAUUCGGUGCACCAUCGAGAGGUUCAUGAAUUGGUUGUACUACCUUUUGCAAUUGUGUAGCGAGUGUUCCGCUUCGGUAUGUAGGAAGUUUCUCCAGCACUAAUUUUUAGGUCGUUGCUUUGAGAGCCGUACAAGAUGUUCUCUCUUCCAUGAAGCUUUUUACUGUACGAUAGCUGCCAACUGAAGUUAGACUACCGUACGUUCUCAGUCGACAAGGAUGAGGUCAUUUGCUCGAGCUCUUCGACAAGUUCGAGCUCCAUCUGGGGUUCAUCGGGGAGCGCUUUCGCACACUGGGUUAGGGAAAGAUGGGAAAGUCUUGAUUCUGGGUAAUUCAGUUGUUGAUUGUUCGCGGAGCGCCUUUCACGGCAGAGAAAUUGGUAGAUAUUUGAACCAGAGUACGGUGCUAUCGAGAUCUCUGUAUACUCCUGCAGCAAAUGACUCUGAAGUGUCUAACUAUGCUGGAGGAGCUGGCCCUUUGUCAGAGUAUGAAAGGAGAAUUGCUUCAGGAGAACUUGCUGAUGGAGAUGACUUUCAGGUAGAUACCAUUCAAGAACUGCAAAGGCUCUAUCGGGAGCUUGCUGAGCUUGAAGAGAGUUGCCAAUUGGAUAGAUAUACUGCAUCCAAGAAAUCUCAGAGGAGUAGGUGGCUAUGGUCCCGUCUCAUUCCACAAUCUUCAUAUUCACCAGUCAAAGGUCUAUACCUGUAUGGAGGAGUAGGCACUGGAAAAACAAUGCUUAUGGACUUGUUUUUUGAUCAACUGCCAUCUAAUUGGAGGAAAAAAAGAAUUCAUUUCCAUGAUUUUAUGUUGAAUGUGCAUAGCCGCCUGCAGAUGCACAAAGGAGUAUCAGAUCCACUUGAAGUCGUCGCAGGAGAGAUAUCAGAUGAAUCCAUUCUUUUAUGUCUUGAUGAAUUUAUGGUAACUGAUGUGGCUGAUGCUCUGAUAUUGAAUCGUCUUUUUCGGCAUUUAUUCAGUGAAGGCAUUGUCCUUGUCUCAACUUCAAAUCGUGCUCCAGAUCAGCUGUAUGAAGGUGGAUUGCAGAGGGACCUAUUUUUACCAUUUAUUGAGACCUUGAAGGAAAGGUGUGUAGUUCAUGCAAUUGGCUCAUCAACUGACUACCGGAAAAUAGGUUCGGCUGAGAAAGGUUUCUAUUUUAUUGGAAAGGGGCACACUGGAUUUUUAAAACAGAAGUUUCAGCAUUUGAUAGGACAUGAUAAACCUGGACCGCAAGUUGUAGAAGUUGUUAUGGGAAGAAAAUUGCAGGUUCCUUUUGGUGCUAAUGGAUGUGCAUAUUUUCCAUUUGAAGAACUUUGUGAUAGACCUUUGGGGGCAGCAGACUACUUUGGACUAUUUAAAAAUUUUCAUACGCUUGCCCUGGAUGGGGUGCCAAGAUUUGGGAUCCACAACAGGACUGCAGCAUAUCGCUUUGUCACAUUGGUUGAUGUGAUGUAUGAAAACAAGGGUAGGCUGCUAUGCACAGCCGAGGCAUCCCCAGUCGAACUCUUUGAAAGUAUUGUGACAGUUGCCGAUGCUCAAAAGAUAUCACCAAGAACAUCAUCGCGGUCGCAGAAGAAAGAUGAUGUUGAUCUUUGUGUCGACAACGAGCUAGGAUUCGCUAAAGACCGCACAAUUAGUAGAUUAACCGAGAUGAACAGCAGGGAGUACUUGGAACAGCAUGAAGCCAGAUUGCAGGAGAAGGCCUCUGGAGAAGCACGUCUUAAUGGUGUUUUUGUAGAAGCAUGAUUACCUUUUCUUUUGACAUUAUUCUCUAUAUAGUCUAUUAAGGAGCAAUUGAUAUCAUCAAUAAUAUCAUCAGAGGCUUCAGAUAUAAGGCAGAGAAGCCUGCUUACCCUGUAGAUGAGGAAGCCCUGAAUAAUCUUGCUUAUGAUGAAUCAUAAUGGCCUAUCUAAUCUUAUUUGUAUUUUUUUGGGUACGAUACCGAAUGUUGAUAAAUAUCCUGUAUUAUUUUCUUAUCUGUGCAAGCUCAGAACGAGUUAAUAUUAAAUAUUGGUGACGGAUUUUGGUGUA